GUAAUGCGCAUUAACAUCAGGUAUUAUUAUUACUAUUAAAGUAUUAAUAUUAUCAUGAUUUAUUGUUAUCGCCGAUUUCCGUAAUAUGUUUUAGAGAAAUGUUUUAUUAUUUUCAUCAAUUAUAAUGAAAUGUAUAAUUCAAUUAAUGCACCAAACGCGAAUGGUGCCCUUGAUCGGCCUAUAUGCUCUUCCGACGUCGUUUCGUUUAAAUCCGAUUCAAAAGUGAUUAACAUAUUAUUAUUAUCGUCGAACUGUAAUAAUAAUUAUCAUAAAAUGAAAAGAAAAUAGACUGUUCAAUGUUCAUAUUUCAGGAUUGAUUGGUCAGUUAGUUGUUCAUAUUCAUUGUUAGGUACUCUUUUAUAACAAUAACGUCCGUGCAUAACUAGAAUUUUUGUGUUCCCGUCCACAUGAGUAGCAGUGAUGUCCACACAAGAAAAGUUUACUGCGGCCAUAAACGUCAUCAGGAGUUUACCAAAAAAUGGAGCAUACCAACCAUCCAAGGAACUUCUGCUUCGGUUUUAUGCAUACUUCAAGCAAGCAACAAUAGGACCUAACAAUCAGCCCAAACCCAGCUUUUGGGAUGUGGUUAAUCGAGCAAAAUGGCAAGCUUGGUAUAAUUUAGGUGACAUGUCAAAAGAAAAUGCAAUGCAAGAAUAUGUAGAUGAGUUAAAAAAGAUUGUAGAAACUAUGGCUUAUACAAAUCCUGUAGCUGAUUUUGUGUCUAGCUUGGAUUCGUUUUAUGAAUCAGUUUCCAUUGAUGACUUAGAAAUGGUGGUUGGUCCAAUAGAACGAGGCAAUUUAAUAGAAAAAAAUAGCUGCAGCAUAGUUUCAUCAAUAAAUGAACAUCAAGAUAUAGUAGAUACAGAAAUAGAUGAAGAAUGUUUUCAUGAUGUAUUAGAAGUAAACAAUUUGUCAAGUGAAGAGCGUUUGAUCAAUGUUCAAAAUGUUAAUCAAUAUUUAAGUUCUAGUGACUAUAUUGAAGAUUUUGUGUCCAACAAUUACAUUCCAGUAUCUCAACAAAAUGGGGAUAGUAUGAUACAGUUAAAAUGUGCAAAUGACUUUUUGGAUGAAUUCAAAUUACAAAUAAGAAAUACAGUGUCCUCUAUGAAGUAUGAUCUGGAUGUUAUAACAAAUAGAGUUGUUAAAAUAGAACUGAAAUUAGAAGAGAUAAAAACAAGAGAACAAAAUCAUUCUCAAGCUCCAUAUUAUAAUUUAUGCCAGAUGGUGGUCUUAAUUGGUUGGCCCAUUAUUGUUCAGCUAAUAUUCAAUUGGUUCAAAAGGCGAAAUAGACCAAAAGCCUUAAACUUUAAAAUAAUACAAGCUUAGUGAUACAAAUCAUUAAUUUAUUGUUUACAUUAAGUAGUUGUAUGCUCUUAGGUAUUAAAUAAUACAUUUUAUUUAAAAGCAAUUUCUUUCAUAUAGCAAACAUAUAAAGAAUUAUUGAGAAUUUUACCAUAUUUUUUUACCUAUGUAUUAACUUAAGCUAUGCAUAUUAAUAUUUUAUGUACUUUUAAAAAAUAUUUUUUUUUUUUA